AUGGCGGCAGACAUAUAUAUUGUUAUGGGAUGGAUUAUGUCGAUAAUAAUCAAUUCCAUGUUUACAUUUUAUAUUGGCGGUAUAUAUUGCAUAUCUGAUUUGGAAAUAUCGGAAAUAUCACAAAUAGAAUCCGAAACUACGUCGAUAGUACAAAAUGACAAUGUAAAUAAUACAGAUACAAGUGUUAAAGUUAUGUUAUAUGACUCAUGUACAAUUGACUCAAGAUAUAAACACUUCCAUUUUUUUAUUCCUCAAAGUGUGUAUGAUAAACUGGUCUACCCACAUAAAUUUGAUACUAUGCGAUUUAGAGAAUUCAAUAUCGUGUUCAGCCAUGAUGCUUUUUUGCCUGAUGAGUGCAUAUAUGAUAUUUUAUUAUAUACCUAUAAAGACAAUUACCCACUUUUAAUCAAAGUAUUUACGUCAAGAUACACAUGUUUUUAUGCACUAGAUUCUAUCACUAAUAAAUGGAAUAACUAUCAUUUGAAAUGGAAUAACGCUACUGAUAAAGAGUUUGAUAGGAACGGCGUUAUAUGUUAUUCACCAUAUAUAAAACUUAGAAUAAUUGAUGAUUUAAAUUAUAUAUUAAAGGAUAACUACACGAACAUCUCUAAUACAUCAAAUACAACACCUAAAAACGAAAUUUUACAUAUUACAUUUAUUUGA